CGCUCUGAUAGGGAGCCGCGCGGCGGCCGGGCCGCCAGUCGUCGCCAUGCUGUGGACGUCUCCGCUGACGGUGGGCCUGGCGCUGGUGGCGCUCGUGUGGACGCUGCCAGAGGCGGCCGGCCGGCCCUACAGAGUAAAACGCGUCUCAGAUCAGAGACUUGCUGAGCUGGAAACACUGCUUGUACUGGCGAAGAUCAACAGAGAAAUGCAAAUGAACAUGCCCCUCGGCUAUGGCACUGCAGAUCCAUUCAAACUGGGCCGGAGAAAACGCACGGCGCCCUCCGGCUGGGAGGCCAGCGGCGAGGGCAGCCGUCUGGCGCUGACCCCCGGCGACCUCAGGUCACAACUCGGCCUGCGGCCAGCGCCGGCGAUUGACGACGACCAGAUCAGCUUUAGCGACAGAAUCAGCUCCAUGAUGGUCUAGAAACUCGGCGGAUGGGGGCCCGGGGAGUGUGCACUGCGACGGAGCUCCACAUCAGUCGCGCCUGCCGACCAACACGAGGGAGGAUCUGACGACCGCCGGCGCCCCACCCGACCGCCUGUCCCCUCGGCCGCGCCCGUCCCAGCCCCCAAACAGCCCCGCCGCGCCGGCUGAGCGGACAGUCGGCGACCGCGGCGGAGGUCCGGGGUUCGAGACCGUCGGGCGGCGGCCGUGCAGAGCCCUGCGCGGUGCGCCGCGGACCCCGUCUGUCGCUCCUCUCUCGUGUCGCGGUGCGCAGUACCACUCCCCGGCCCCCUGUCACCGAGCUGUACAUACGCAAACAUCAGCUGGACAUCGAUGGUCGUGCCGAGCCCCUCUCCCGUCUGAUGCGGAAAGCGCCGGUCAUCGGCAGCGCCACGGGCAACCCAGCUACUUCGCGCUGCAAACUGCGCGUGGCAAGCAUAUGCGCUUGUGUGCGAUAUCCACAAGCCAGGGUGCGCGCCGACGGACUCGUACGGCGCUUGGUCUGCGAGUGAUUUGGAGGGUGGGGUGGUCACUGCUGGCGCGGGCGAGGUUGGGCCGACCGCGGGGCUGCCGGUGCCGGGACGGGCGGCCCCCUGUUCACCGACCGGAGCCCGGGCCGGCCGAGACGGGGCGGCGCCGGCGGCGCCAGUGCCGCCUCUUCGAGCGCGGUGUCCGACCAGCGGCACCUUCUCUGCUGUCGCUUUGUGCGCGCGGCGCUGUCUCUGUUUGGUUACCUGACAAACAUCUACUUCAUUCUAGCCUUCACGAAAAUACAGUUUAUGUCUAUUG